AUGACUACUGGCUCAUGUGCCUGCGGUACCUUGACCUACGCUUUCAACAUCGAUCCUCUUGUCUGUGUAGGAGUGAACCUUCUGUCGCUAUAUGUUCUCUCUGCUAAUCUGUGUCUUGGUCUUCAGGUACUCUGCCAUUGCAACGGUUGCAAGCGCUCCUCCAGCUCUGUUUACACCCACAACCUUCUCGUACCGGCCGCCAACUUCACGACUUCGGGCAUUUCCAAGGCAUACACAGACAAGGGAGAGUCGGGGAAAGAUCGAUAUUUUCACUUCUGCCUGGAAUGCGGGACUACACUUUACAUCGUGAGCGAGAAUAUCCCAGGGGUUGUUGUAAUCAAGGCGGGCACUCUGGAUGACUUGGCCCUAAACGAGACAAAGCAUAGACCUACUGUUGAGAUUUUCUGCAAGGAAAAAUACAGCUGGUUGCCGGAUAUCGAAGGGGCUAGGAAGUUCAACGGUGCGAUGGAACAUUAA